UCCCCCUGGUGACAGUGCUGUCCCCAGGAGCUGUUCUGCCGCUCGCUGGCAGAGAACGAGAUGCGCACGGCGCCGUACGAGUUCCCCGAGGAGAGCCCGAUCGAGCAGCUGGAGGAGCGGCGGCAGCGCCUGGAGCGCCAGAUCAGCCAGGACGUCAAACUUGAGCCCGACAUUUUGCUCAGAGCCAAACAGGACUUCCUGAAAAUUGACAGUGCCGCCGACCUACAGCUGUUCCAGGAGCAGGGCUCUGACCUGCUGGAUCACGUCCCCAAGGAGCGCGAGGCACUGCUGGAGCGGGAAUUCCAGCGGGUCACCAUCUCCGGGGAGGAGAAGUGUGGGGUGCCCUUCACGGACCUGCUGGACGCGGCCAAGAGCGUGGUGAAGGCGCUGCUGCUGCGCCAGAAGUACAUGGGGCUGUCGCUGCAGAGCUUCUGCCGCACCACGGCCCGGUUCCUGCGGGAAUUCUCCGGGAAAAACCCCGAGAGCCGCGCCCACGACGACCCGCCCGAGACCCCCGUGGCUGCUGAUGCCCCCGUGCACCCCCCCUUUGCUGAGCGCCACCCCUACGAGACGUGGGACCCCCGGGAGAUGCCCGAGGACCUGGGCUACGGGCUGCGCAUGGUGGACGGGGUCGUGCACGUCUACACCAGCCAGGACCCCACGGACAAGAGCACCGAGCUGGACCUGCCCUACCCCGACCUGCAGGAGUUCAUCGCUGACAUGAACUUCCUCAUGGCCCUCAUCAUCAACGGGCCCAUGUGAGGGCAAAGGGGGCAAAGG